AUGACCAAGCUUCUCCCUUUCCUCCUCGCCCUGGCAGCCUAUGCCUCGGCCCAAACUUCCACUACCACCACCACAUCCUCUACUUUCUCCUCUUCCUCCAGCUCCAGUUCCUCCACCGGCUCCUCCACCGUUGUGCAAGUCUUCUACAUCGGCCCAAGCCCAACCGCAACCCCAACAACCACCUUCGCAAGCUUCGACGCCAGCGUCGUAUCCGCAAAUUCCGCUACCACCGUCCUCGCCCUGGAAUGCAAAGGCAACUGUCCCCCGUAUUCCACUUACACCAUCACCGCAGGCCCAUCCACCUACGCCGACAACCAGUUAUUCACCGGCUCCGCCAACGGCCUCACCGUGACUACUUCACAAGUCCACGCCUGCAACAUCACUUCAUCCACCCAAGGGGCUUCCUGCUCGGUCUCAAUCGGCGUUUUCGCCUCUGUUAGCGGCCAAGAGAGCUCUUCUGUCGCGACCACGGCCACAUCCUAUAAUUCUAGUGAUUUCUUCUAUGCCCCUGUGACUGUAACUGCCGGAUUGGAGAAGUUGAAUUCGCCGCAGGCGACACAGACGACGGGUGCUGGUGGGCGGGCGGGGGUCGGAGGAGUGGCGGUGGCGGCGGCAGCAGCGGCGUUGCUAAUCUGA